AUGAAGCCCAACGCAGAGUUACUUUCUCUUUCUGAAGAACUUCUUAUUUACAUUUUGAGCUUCCUUCCUUGGCGAGAUGUUCUUCGUUGUACAUCCUUAUGCAAGGUUCUUCGCCAGACAUACAUGUCAUCCUCCGAGCUUCAGUACGUCACCGAACUCGGUAGCCAACAACUACUUCCUAUCUCCAACAAUCAUAUCCCCGCUUCGAAGCGCCUACAGCUCCUAAAGGAAAACGCUCGUGCAUGGUUCAAAUUUGAUCUCCAUUCUUUCCAAACAAUCUCUAUACCUGAAAUUUUUCAGACGUACUACACACAAACGUAUAUCACCAAUGGGCAUGUUUGUUUCUGGAACUCAUAUAUGGAUUCUGUCAGAAUCUUUCCAACACUACCGAAUCCUUCACAAAAAACUAUCGAGCGUGAUUUCUCUCCGGAUUCACUUUGUGCAGUUCCCAACCACUACACCAUCGAUGUUUUCAUGGACCAAGCGCAAAAUCUACUAGCCAUAGCCUAUGCUAUUGAGGUUGAUAAUUACCCAUCUGAUGAGGAGUCCUAUAUCGAACUUCUCACCCUGGAUGGAGAUAGUGUCCAUCCCCAAGCUGCUGGACGGACAUUGUUUAUGUCCACCUUUUGGCUGCCCAGACGCCGUGAGAUACCUUCGAAACUCGAGAUUUUUGGGAGGCAUAUCGCUUUCCUUCGUUUCAUACCAUUGUUUGAUGACACAGGCUCAUCACUCGCGUCUAUAUGGUGGUUACAGAUUUGGGACUGGCAAUACUCAACUUUGUCCAAUGUAAGCAUCAAUCAAAAUCAGCUGACAGACUUGACAGUUGACUCGAUUCAGAGCAUCCUCAGUGGUCCAACUGUACUAGAAGGAAGUUCCACUAGGUCAAUCGACUUUUGCUUCCUUGGCAACGACAGAAUGCUGAUUGUCAGCGACGAUUUGAAGCUCUAUUCAAUCGAGGACGCAUCUCAGCCACUGCAGUUGCUAGCAUGCUUUUUGUUGCCUGCAUCAGUGUUCGACCUGCAAUGCUUUUCUCCGACGAACGAUAUUGCAUGUAGCUCACACCAGAAGAUACAAGCCCAGCCAGUCACAGUAACAUGGAUCUCAGACCCCAAGCAUCGAGUACUGUCCCUUGUCUCACAUUCUUCAGCUCUCGACUUUGUUGUUUCUACCAAGAUUUUCUUCGAUGAGUACUUUGAUCCGGAAGGAAUGGUACUAACAAUACCGUGGAUAUCCUGGGGUCCUCCAAAUGUUCGUAUUUUUUCGCACCAUUUUCCAUGCAGACUUGGCGUUAGUGGAAGUCGAGCCUUGUGUGCAUUCCCUGCAGCCGGUGCGACAAAAGAUGAAUACUCGGUUUAUUCAGAGUACAGGUUACAUCUGAUGGACUUCAGCCCAUCAGCUAUUAGGCGCCACCAGCAAGGUCUAGGAAGGCUGGUUAAUGAACCAUCUACAGUAGGAAAUUGCGAGUCGGGGGAACAAUUAACGACAUUCCUGCCCUAUGUCGAAGUUGUGUCGAACAGAACGUUCAGUUGGGGCGAAUUCGUCGAUAUAUGGCUCGAUAAAGACAAGAUUUAUUUGUUCAAAGAAGAUAUAGAAACCAAUAGAAUGGAUCAGCUUGAAGUCAUUGAGAUGUAA